AUGUUGUGCUCCGACAUAUCUCGGUUCGAGAGCUUGAGCGCGAGUGCGGCAGGGAACCAGCUGUUUGCGGCGGCGAGGACCGCGGGGGGAACCAGCUCCUUGCGUGGUGAAAGGAGCUACACGGCGCCGGAGUUGUCGGGUGUGACGCCACCGGUGGCGCUGGUGACAUCGGGAGAAGGUCGGCAUUCUGAAACCACCACUGCUCCAGCCACUUCGGUCGCAGAUGCAGGCCCCCGCCCCGCCUGCCUUCAUCAUCUUCGUCCCCGCAGGCCAGGCCGCUGCUCGCCCAUUCUUCUCGCAGAACAUGGCAAAUUGUUGAACAACUUUUAGUAGAUUUCCCAUAUUAUUUUAGUGUACUUACAUUCUGGACUCACGAGCAUGUCUACUUUUUUCAUAGCAUGUCAAAAGACCAUGGCAUUUUUUGUCGUGCAAACGAACAAUGUCUAUUUUUGUCACAACAAAAACAUGGUUUUUUUUCGUUUU